AUGCAAUAUGAAAAAGGAGAUAAUUAUGAGGGAAAUUCUUAUAUCGUUCCUAAAUGGAAACAAAACAUAAAUAGUAACGAAUUGGGUUGGAAAAAUAAAAUCGGUAUGAAUUGUCAAAAUAAUAAUAUAGAUAUAUUUUGUAAUAAGAAUGAAAACAAAAUAGUAAACAAUUGCGAAAUGUACCCAUUAAUUUGUGGAGAAGAUAAAGACAUUAAGAAUUUAAAGUUUUCAAUAGUUACUUCAUUAAAUAAACUUAAAAAAAAUAAUCGUUCAAAAGUAACAUAUUAUAAGGAAUAUGAAUCAGAAAACUUUGAAGGAAAAGAUAUAAACAAUAUUAGAAAAGAAUCUAUACACUAUGAAAGUAAAUAUUCUGAAAACGAAGAAAUUCAAAAAUGUAGAAAAAACAACAAUGGGAAUAUAUUUCAAGCAUCAAAAAUAAUUCAAAAAAAUAAUAAAUCAAAUUAUGAUUUAGAACCACAAGUAAUCAUUGAAAAUAUGAACAAGGCAAUAAAUAAUUCGGAAUUUAUUAAGAAUAUGAACUACUAUUUUGAAGAAAUAAAUAGUAACACACAAUUAGAAAAUGAGAAUAAUAAAGCUAUCCAAGCGGAUAAGACAUUUUGGGAUAUAAAUAUCGAAAAAGACAAAUUAAAUAAAAAGGAACUCCCUGAAUUUAUACCCAAAAUAAACUACAAUGAUAAAAAUAAUGUAAAUUUUAUAGAAAAAACAAAUAUUGAAAAUGAAAAAGAUUUAUUAAAAGAUAUGAAUGCACAUGUAUAUGCUUUUAAAGAACAUUGUGAUUAUUUAAAGCUUAUAUUAAAUGAAUUAAAAGAUUUAAUGCAUAUUAUCUAUACUUGUUUUAAGAUAAAGAAAAAUGAUAAUUGUUUAGAAAAACAAAUAAAUUCCACUACCAUUAUAAACAAAUGCGAUGAAUAUUUUACCCAAAACCCAAAGGAAAUAAAUUUACAUGACCAUGUCAGCAAAAAUAAGAAUUUUCAAAAAGAACUAUUUUAUUGUAAAACUCUUAAAAUUAAUGAUGAACAAAAUAUUUAUUCAUCUGAAAUAUAUGUAAACUGUUUAAAUAAGUUUAUGAAAAAUGAAUUAAGUAUAGCUCUUGAAAAUAUAAGAAAUAUUUUAAAUAAUCCAAAUUGCGAAAUAAACAAAGAAGGUGUUAAUAAAAUAAAAAUAAAUAAUUUACAGUUAGCUAAUGAUUAUAUAAAAACAGAAUAUAUUACAAAAGAUGAACAAAAUAAAAAAGAAAACCAAAAUAACGAGAACAGCAUUUCUAUAUUAUCAAUUAGUAAAUUAGUUAGUGAUAUGUCUUAUAUUCGACAAUAUAUAGAAGAAUUAAAAAUGAACUGUAUAAAAGAAAAUAAGGAAGUUCAAGUUAAAAUCAAAAAAGAAGCUGAUAGUUCAGAAAAUAAAAAUAAAAAUGAAUUUGAUGGACAAAAUGAAAACAAUAAAAAAUAUCAAAAUAAAAUAUCAGAGUUAGAAAAAGAACUUUUGAAUACUAAAUUGUUAUUAGCCCAAAGUGAAACUAUAAGGGAAAUAGAAAUUAAUGAAAUAAAAAAAAGUAAAUGCAAUUGA